CGUCUCGCUUUAUUUGCUCGAGUCGAGGUGAGCAAACACGAUCUUUGAGUAGCGGAUCCCGCUGUCGGUGCUGCUCGUUGGCGGAGCAGCAGAAUCUCCCCAUCCCGAGCUGUGUUCGGCCGUUUGGAGCCGCUUUGGGGCCGGGACGCUGCAGCAUGGAGCUGACACACGGAGCUGAUCCUCGUUGCCGGGGGUGUCACGGACGCUCCUUGUUGGGGCUGUGUUCCAUCACACAUCAUCGUGCUCCUGUGAUGUACAGACAGGACCUAAAGCCGCCGGCUCCAGGGCAGCAGGAGCUGAAGUACAACAUGGCGAGUCCUGCCAAGGACAACUAUCGAAUGAAGUGCUACAAAAACAAAGCCCUCAAUCCUGAGGAAAUGCGUCGGAGGAGAGAAGAGGAAGGAAUUCAACUGCGCAAACAGAAACGAGAGCAACAGCUCUUUAAAAGAAGAAACGUGGAAUUAAUCAAUGAAGAUGCCUCCAUGUUCGAUAGCCUCCUUAUGGAUUCCUAUGUCAGUUCCACGACAUGUGGGGAGGGAGUGAUCACAAGAGAGAUGGUAGAGAUGCUUUUCUCCGAUGACCCCGAUCUACAGCUGGCAACCACACAGAAAUUCAGGAAGUUACUUUCUAAAGAGCCAAAUCCUCCAAUAGACGAAGUGAUAAACACUCAAGGAGUGGUGGACAGAUUUGUUGAGUUCCUGAAGAGAAGUGAAAAUUGCACACUACAGUUUGAAGCAGCGUGGGCACUGACGAAUAUUGCAUCAGGAACUUCCCAACAGACGAAAAUAGUAAUCGAGGCCGGGGCAGUUCCUAUCUUUAUAGAGCUGUUAAACUCUGACUUUGAGGACGUUCAAGAACAGGCUGUCUGGGCAUUGGGGAACAUUGCUGGAGACAGCUCUGUGUGUAGAGAUUAUGUCCUUAACUGCGCUAUUCUUCCUCCCUUGUUAAUGCUCCUUACCAAGUCCACCAGGUUGACAAUGACACGAAAUGCUGUUUGGGCCUUGUCAAACUUGUGCAGAGGAAAGAGUCCACCACCUGAAUUUGAUAAGGUAUCUCCCUGCCUGCCAGUGUUGUCCCGACUAUUAUUCAACAGUGACUCUGACUUGCUGGCAGAUGCGUGCUGGGCUCUUUCCUAUUUAUCAGAUGGUCCCAAUGAGAAAAUUCAAGCAGUUAUUGACUCGGGGGUGUGUCGGCGACUGGUCGAGUUGUUAAUGCACAACGACUACAAAGUGGCCUCCCCAGCGUUGCGAGCGGUCGGCAACAUCGUGACAGGAGAUGACAUCCAGACCCAGGUGAUUCUAAAUUGCUCUGCGUUACCCUGUCUCUUGCAUUUGCUUAGUAGUCCCAAGGAAUCUAUUCGAAAAGAAGCGUGCUGGACCGUAUCUAACAUCACAGCAGGAAACAGAGCACAAAUACAGGCAGUUAUAGAUGCAAACAUCUUCCCAGUGCUGAUAGAAAUCUUACAGAAAGCAGAAUUCCGUACGAGGAAGGAGGCAGCGUGGGCUAUCACAAAUGCAACGUCAGGAGGAACUCCUGAACAGAUCAGAUACCUGGUCAACCUGGGUUGCAUCAAGCCUCUCUGUGACCUCCUUACUGUCAUGGACUCCAAGAUUGUUCAGGUGGCGUUGAAUGGCCUGGAGAACAUCCUGAGGCUGGGAGAGCAGGAGGCCAGCCAGAGCGGGACAGGCAUCAACCCGUACUGCAGCAUGAUAGAAGAGGCCUACGGCUUGGAUAAGAUUGAAUUCCUCCAGAGCCACGAGAAUCAAGAGAUUUAUCAGAAGGCAUUUGAUCUGAUUGAGCACUACUUUGGAGUAGAGGAUGACUCUGCUUUAGCUCCCCAGGUAGAUGAGAACCAGCAGCAAUUCAUCUUCCAGCAACCUGAAGCCCCUAUGGAAGGCUUCCAGCUAUAAUACGCCCCAGGCAAAAAGACCACCACAAAUUUGCCACAAAACAACUGGGAGAAGCUGCUGAUCCCAUUUCCUCCUUGCAAACGGAAGGCUGGACGCUCACUCCACCUGUUAGGAAACAAUUCUUCCUUCAAACGAAUAGACAGAGUGCUUUAUCCUCAUGAAGAAAAUGGGAUGUCUUGCACGUUUAUUUUCUUUUUGCUGCUGCAUACGUGUCUUUAAAGCAGGCAUCUGGGUGGAGGAAGGACACUGAGGUAACUCGUUGCACCUCUUGGGUUUAUUUUUCUUUGUGGUGAUCUCUCCCAAAUGUCACUUCUUACCUCGGGUACUUAAUUGAGGUUUCAGCGUUGGGUUGGGUAAGAACAGAAAUAGAAAAGCGAGUAUUCAGACGAGAAUAAUUCUGGAAACCUGGGUUGAUCUAUUUAAUUUUUUUGCACAUGUUACUCUUAUUAAAGACUCUAAUUUGCCAAGA